GGGCAUGUAAAAUUACAAGGUAAGGCAAUUAAAGUCUAUGUAAAAUAUCGGAAAUACUUACAGCUGAUUUCUUAGUAAACAUUUAUCUGCCAUCACGGACACUAUCUUAUAAAUCCUUUUCUGUUCAACGAUAUAAAGAAGGAGAUACAUUCAUCUUUCCAUUUCGUUUCUAACUCUGUAUGAAGAUGGACGUCUUCAUCAAGAGUAUAUGUCUGUUUACUUUUACUGUCAUUGUAGGUCAGGCGUUUUGUGGCGUAGAUAGAGAAUCUAUUCGCCCUAGAGGUGAAGACAUUGAAGAGUUUUGGAUAUCUGAAAACCCUGUUGGUGCUGAUGUCACAGAGGAUUUGUAUGCAGGCAACAAUGAAGGUGUAGAAGGGCAUGCUGAAACUGGCAACGUGUCCAGAGUCAUAGCAACGUUAAAAGUAACAAAUGGUGGCCGAUGGGGAGACUGGGGCUCUGUACAGCUAUGCCCAGAGGGUUCUUAUGCUGUUGGUUACGACAUGAAAAUCGAACCAAAAUGCGACAGCGACUGCACAGCGCUGAAUGCAGUCAAACUCGUCUGUGAAUUUCCAGACGGAAAAGACAGUGGUGAAGUCACAUCGGCUCAAGGACCCUGGGGGGCCUGGGUUGGAAGAGUUCAAUGCCCUUCCCGUGUGCGCGAACGUCAAUACCUAACCUCCUUUGAUCUUCAAGUAGAGAAAUACCAGGUAAGUAUCUGUAUAUUAACAGUUCACACGCUGUCAUUUGUCAAUAUUUAUAUAAAAUCAAAAUAUUGCAUUGACGCUAUACUAUUCUUAGACUAAUAGUAACCAAGACUAGCUUUACAGUUUGUUUAUAGUGUAAUGUAAAUAGCUGCUGCAACCAGUCGCAAUGAUAGCAUAAAUAACAGCAAAUUCGGUGUCAUGAUUCAGAAAAUUAUUUGUAAAGUUUAGCAAAAUAUUACCAGAAAUAAAGAUAUUAG